UUCGAACUUGGAUAAAGAAAGUUUCGCAUGGUCUUUGGCUCCAUGCUUGCUUCUUCUUUCUAGUUUCUACCACCAACUUCACGUUUCUCACACAUUCGACUGUUCUUCAGGUGCAUUCACGUCCUCGGUGUCUCUCACCCGCAUUGUGUCAAAAUGAAAAACCUCUUGGCUGCUCGGUUUCUCGAGUAGAGUUUUGAGCUUUAACGCUUCUUGAUCUGGCUUCCCAAUGCUGUGCGAGUGAAGGGGCCACUUUUUAUCUCUCUAGCUUCUUUCCUCGAACUUUUUCGAGCCAGUGAUUCCCGUCUUUUUGGUCCCUGUUCCAACCCUUUAGAGAUUCACUUUUGUUUUCGAACCUCUUAUCCUCCUACUUUCUCUUUAUUCCUCCCGUUUACCAUCUUUUUCCAGACGGGUUGAUUCUAGUGAUUCAGUCUUUUGUAAUAAUCUUGAGGCUUGUCCAUUUUUUUUUCGUGCAUUGUUGUGUGCUUCUUGAAAUCCGGGCUGGGUGUGUUCUUGGUUCUUUCAAGAACAGUGUCAGAGCGAGCGAGAGAGAGAGAGAGAGAGAGAGGGUAGAGAAGUAGAAGAAAAAUGGCUGCAAAAGCUGAUGAGCCGCCACCACACCCACCAAAGGAUCAACUGCCCAAUGUUUCAUACUGCAUCACAAGUCCUCCUCCAUGGCCUGAAGCUAUUCUCCUUGGCUUCCAACAUUUUCUAGUUAUGCUGGGUACAACUGUGCUCAUACCUACUGCCCUUGUCCCGCAAAUGGGAGGUAGAAAUGAGGAGAAGGCGGAGGUGAUCCAGACACUACUUUUCGUGGCUGGUAUAAACACAUUGCAGCAAACUCUGUUUGGGACUCGAUUGCCUGCUGUGAUCGGAGGGUCUUAUACAUUUGUUCCUACUACAAUCUCCAUUAUCCUUGCCGGUCGAUUCAGUGAUAAUUCAGACCCUGUUGAUAGAUUCAAGAGAAUUAUGAGGGCAAUCCAGGGAUCUCUUAUUGUUGCUUCCAUUCUUCAGAUUGUCCUAGGAUUCAGUGGCCUCUGGCGGAAUGUUACAAGGUUCUUGAGUCCACUUUCAACUGUCCCAUUGGUGGCUGUACUAGGAUUUGGGCUAUAUGAGUUGGGUUUUCCUGGGGUCGCCAAAUGCGUGGAAGUUGGGCUUCCAGAGCUCAUAAUUUUAGUAUUCAUUUCCCAGUACAUGCCUCAUGUUAUACAAUCAGGAAAACAUGCGUUCGAUCGAUUUUGUGUCAUAUUCUCGGUGGUAAUUGUGUGGAUCUAUGCUCAUCUACUAACUGUUGGUGGGGCUUAUAACAAUGCUGCACCAAAGACGCAAUUAAGCUGCCGCACAGAUCGUUCUGGACUCAUAGACGCUGCUCCAUGGAUAAGAGUUCCGUAUCCUUUUCAAUGGGGAGCACCUUCCUUCGAUGCUGGUGAAGCCUUUGCAAUGAUGAUGGCUUCGUUUGUUGCUCUCGUGGAGUCUACUGGCGCAUUCAUGGCAGUUUCAAGAUAUGCAAGCGCGACUCCUUUACCACCGUCCGUUCUCAGUCGUGGUGUUGGCUGGCAGGGUUUUGGCAUCCUGUUAUCUGGCGUGUUUGGGACAGUAAAUGGUUCCUCUGUAUCAGUAGAAAAUGCCGGCCUCUUGGCUGUAACGCGUGUUGGCAGUAGAAGGGUUGUGCAGAUAGCGGCUGGAUUUAUGAUUUUCUUCUCUGUUCUGGGAAAAUUUGGAGCAGUUUUUGCUUCCAUCCCCGCACCCAUUGUCGCUGCUCUUUAUUGUCUUUUCUUUGCAUACGUGGGGUCUGUCGGUCUGAGCUUGCUUCAGUUUUGCAAUCUAAAUAGCUUUCGGACGAAGUUCAUAUUAGGUUUCUCUGUCUUCAUGGGAUUGUCUGUGCCGCAGUACUUCAAUGAAUACACUGCAAUCAAUGGUUAUGGUCCAGUUCACACUGGAGCACGAUGGUUCAAUGACAUGAUCAACGUUCCUCUGUCUUCGGAACCAUUUGUCGCGGGCUGUUUGGCAUAUUUCCUGGAUAAUACAUUGCAUAAGAAGGAUGGUGCAAUCAGAAAAGACCGGGGCAAGGAGUGGUGGGACAAAUUCAAGUCAUUCAAAGGCGAUACAAGAAGUGAAGAAUUCUACUCACUGCCCUUCAACCUAAACAAAUAUUUCCCAUCCGUGUAACUUACAUCACUCUGAUUGACCACAUGCUGUAUCAUCGUUCUGCACUCAGCAACUGAUUUCUAGUUUGUCUUUAGCAUGAUACUGGUCUAUUUGCUUAUAACAAGUAAGAACCACUAUCUUUCCCUUCUAUUAGAGACUAAAUGAUGAAUAUUCAGCAGGGGAGGUCUACUGAAAAGGCAAUAAAGCUAUUUACUUCUCUCA